UUCCAAAGGCGGAGCGCGGUACGGAAAAAACCCUGAUCCCCACUUGCCUUCCAACAAGUUCGAGCGGAAGAACGUGGUCCGGAAUGAGUUUAAGAUGCUCCUCCAGCUUGGAUACGAAACGCGACUGCUAAACGAUCAAAACGUGAUCCAGGUCUCCAAAAACAAGGCCAAGGCGUUUUUCCACGUUUUGCAGGGGCUGGGAUACCAGCCGACCAACGUGUACACGGCGGACGGGAGGCAGGUGCGGGACCAAACGAUCACGGUUACGUCAGAUUUGAGCAUCUACCAACAGAAAUUCCAGACCAUGCAGAAAAGAAUCGCGGAGAAAUUGAGCACGCAAGCGACUCGGCAGCACAGAACGAGGCAGUAUUUUUGCAACGGCGGAAAAACUGCGGAAAAUAUUGCAGGUAUGGACACCUACAGUCUUGGUGCUUUGCCCAUUCACGUAUGAUAAUUUUUUGUUGUUUAGACAAUUUUCCCUUGAAGUGCAGUUAGAAUAUCAAGCAGAAGCAAUAUCCUUUGUAAAGAAAAUCACGCCCCUUCCGCUCCUAUCUGCAGGCCAAUCUGCGACCGUUCGCGGACUUUUCGGACCCGCAACCGGCCCGGUGCAAGGCACAAAACCGCCAACACAGAAUGUGAAUGGAACUUCCUGUAAACCGCCUUUUCCUUUUGGCGGCGGCGCGAUAAAAAAGCCCGGAAAUAACAAGAUGAAAGACGACACUGCGGGCAGAGAAGGUUCCUCGCCUUUGUCAUCUCCCGGGCAGCUCGUCACAAGUCCAGCCAAGAAGAAAAACUACGGUGGGAACGAGAUGGCGUCGAGAACUGGACCUAAUUCUGGACCUGUACGGGAGCCUCCUGGGCAUGUUGAAGUCGAAGAUAGUGCCAGAAGAUGCAAAGACAAAGCAGAUCGUGACGACGACGACGACGAGGAACAGCAGCUUCCAGUGGAUAGCCGCGAGACCGGCGCGUCUUACUUUCACAAGGAGGACGGCGAUGUCGGUGACGAGGAAAGCGAAAACGACACUCCGCCCGAGGUGGAUGCAGCCGUAGCUCUUCCUGCUUCCAAAACACCAGCUCUAGUACCUUCGUCGACCACUAGCACCACUAUCGGUGUGCAGAUAAUCGCGCCGCAGAAGCGAAAGACGCAGGACACGAGCGUCAAGUUCGCGGAGCUUUUGCAAAAAAGUUGUACUAGUAGUAACGUGAAGCUGUCUGUCGGAGGCGAGGCAACUCGUGUGCAACUACAUGGGAGCUGCGCUGAAGCCGCGGGUGGACCUCGCUCUACUACUCUUGCGCCCUCUUCACAACUCGGAGAGGAGAAGAAAAAAGGGAGGUCGAGAUCGUCGAGGACGAAUCCCAAGAAAACCAUGCUCCGUGUUGUUGAGCCACAUGAUGUUGACAAGCAGCAGCAACAAGGCGCUGGCGCAGGGACAAGAAGUACAAAAAGUGCGCCCCCGCAGACGACAAAUGAUCAGGCGGCUCGCAACCGAAGCCGAACCACGACCACCCCCUUUGAAGGAGCGCCGCGCUUCACGGUCAUUCGCAAAGCGCGCAAAGGGCAAGAAGACAAGAGUGGUGAUCAUUGCGAUAAUGGAGUGAAUGACGACGAGUUUCGGGUCUGCAGCUCGAUGGACGAGCUGUUUGAUUCCACUACAGCUGCGUCGUCGGCGGCAAGAAAUGCAGUAGGUGGUAGAACAGCAGGAGGUCAGGGCCGUAGUUCGCCAUCAUCACCAAGAGCAGCUGCGAGAUUUUCCCGAAGAACUGCGGAAAUACUAGAGAGGACCACAUCAAGCCAGCACAGUUCCGCGGGCGACACCACAGCGAGGACAAAUGCUGCGACCACUCCACGCUUCACUUUUCGAAAGCUAGCUUUGGAUUUGCAGAUCGGGUCGGGUGAUGCUAGUGCACAUCAUCAUCCUGGUGGCCCCUCGUCUGGUGAUCUCCUAUUGCUUCACAGCAUAGCUGAAGGCAGCGACCACACGAGUAGGAAAGUAGAAGGAGGAAACGCGAGGUUCGGCUCAACAUCUCCGCUACUAUCUCCCCGGUCCCAGCACUUCGCGUCCUCGUCGCCGCAACUUACUAGCAGGUCAGCUGGUGGUCGCGGUUGUAACAAGAUUAAGUUGAUGAGUCUAGCUUUGUCUCCCUCGUCAGCAACAAGAACCUCCUCGCCGCAGCAAAUGUCAUCAUCAAGACCGGCGUCGAGGAAAAACGUAGGAGUAGACUCAGCGCCAGAGCUGCAUCGAGACGGUAUCAACUAUGCUGAGAUCAACCAGUUCUAUUCCCCAGGAUCAGCAUCACCCGGCGUGGGCUCUUCAAAUAAUAAUUGCAGUAGUCCACGAGGACGGGUGGCGUUCGGGCAGUUUGGACUUCUCGACGCGGAUGGCCAUUUGCGGGAGAAGCCGAGGCAGGUCAGAUCGCCGCGCAUGCGGAUGGAUGAUCAUUCGGAUAAUUCGGAAAUGAUGAAUUUCAACCACGCGCUUCAGCCAGAGGACCAUCUCCAUCAACCCGCUGUGCCUUCCAGCACAGUUCCGCAGGCCCCGGUGUUUCUCACGGAGGAGAGGCAACGGCGAGUGCGCACGUUGCUCGAGCAGCAGGGCUAUGCAAUGCAAAAUAAGCAUCUGUACUAGUAUAAAUUGCAUUACAAAUUCCCCCAGCAUUACAAAUUGAAUUUGCAAUGCUGAUUUACUUUGAGAAAGAGAUUUGUAAUGCAUAAAUGCAAUUACUACGAGUGCGAUACUUUUGGACAGGAUAAGGGCGAAGGAUCGUGGUACGACCGUUGCGUGUCGAAGCCGGUGAAUAUGAAUGUGCACAACUCCCCCUCCCCCUCAUUUGUCAUGCAAAAUGCCCAAUCCAGGCCAGGCCUCCUAGCACUGUUCGCAUGACAAGUUCUGGAAGCCGCCGAAAUAGCACUACAAUCCUGUGCAAAUCUGUCAUGCAAAACCUGCAUUCUGGCUGGCGCUUGUAUUGCCGUUCAUGCUACACAAAUGAGGGCGAGGGGGAGUUGUGCAUUGUCAUAGUGAAAAAAGUGCGCAACCGGGCGGAGCAACUGGAGUUUCUGGCGCAGCUUUCGCAACGAGGCAGGCGCAGCGACACAGCGUCGACGGCUCCGUCGAGUAAGGAAAAAGAGUUGGGGAUAAAAAACGGCAAGGACGAGGGAGGAGCAAAACCAAAAGCUGCAUCACGAGCGGGAGAGAUGAAUCCAAAAAAUCGAAAUCCUCUUGACCAGAAGACGGUGCUGCAACAAAAGCUGAAAGGAAUCAAGCAAAAGCUUUUGCCAGUUGAACAGCUGCGUCAGGACCACGCCGAGAAAGGAGGCAGUAGUACCGGGCCUCCUGCGCAGGAAAUAAACGAGCGAAAAAACAGCAAAAAGGACAAAAGUUUGGAGGCUGCUGAAAAGACGCCGAACUCGGGUCCAGCAGCAGUUGUAGAUGACGCCGUGAAGCACAAGACGGCGGCCGCUACAAGUAGUAGUGCACACCACGACACGACGACAGCACACGAAAAUGAAUUAAACGCGGCCGACGACGUGGUCGAAGACAGCGACCCACCCCUUCCUUCUUACGACGCAAAGGAACAGCUUGCUGCAGAGAGAAGACAACAGGCCGCACAGCUGGCAACCGCAUGGAAUAAAGCCACGGGUGCCCCCGCUGCAUCCGCCGCUGCGAAAGAGGAGCUUGGGGACAGAACGACUGGUCGUGAUUUUUACAAAGAGCAGCGCAACAGCACGAAGAGCUACGGCUCUAGUGAAGAAAACCCGCCUGAUGGUGAAGAUGUUGAGCAGCAGGACCUCCAUUGUCACCCUGAAGAUGAACAACCGCAACAGGAAGAUCAAGAUGGUGAUGAGUUAAAACAAGUAUUCGACCCGAUAGAGUCCUCAGUCCUGCAAAACAUCGAUCGCGCUUUUGAUCAAGUGGCACAGCACUCAAGUAUAUCCUGUGCAAAAGUAUCGUACUCGUAGUAAUUGCAAACAUGCAUUACAAAUCUUGCUCUUAAGGUAAAUCCGCAUUACAAAUUUUCUUUCUCAUGCUGAGGAAAUUUGUAAUGCAUUUAUACGAGUGCGAUGCUUGUUUUGCAAUGCAUAAAGUACCAUGGGUGGGCCUGAUUUACGGAAAAAAUUAAGCGUGCGGCGAAGACAAAGCAGCGUUUGCGAGGCGGCAGGGGUGGAGAGAUGUUGCCCUGUAGUUGAGGAGUUGCUGCAGCAAGACGAGAACCUGCUCCACAAGGACCACGGUGCAGCCAAAACGACCAGCGCAACAUCUACUUCGGAGGAGCUUGAGGUGCUGUACUCCUCGGUUGUCGAGCCGUACCUCUGGAACGCGCUGGGGUCGCUGUUGAAGCAGGCGACGGGGGGAGGUGGAGCAGGUGUUUGAUUAACCGUGGCGGAAGCGAAAUUUGUAAUACGGCAGCAUGAGGCGGGUCGCGGUCGUCUGGAUCCGCGGACAAGUGGCGCGUGCACAUGAUCAAGCUGUAAAUACUACGAACAAAUAAAGAUAAAAAAUCCACCUACAUGUAGAUGUAGAGGAAGUUAAAGUUUGAGUUUGAGUGACAUGAAUUACGACCAGCAGGGCACCAGAGGAAGACGUAACUGCUACUGCUCCGAGUAGAGAAGUACUUUCAUUGAGUGAUUGGUGAUCUUCAUGGUGCGCAUUGUUAUCUAAGAAAGUAUCUUGUUUUGUAUGAUUUCACGAUGAGUAAACCCCAGAACGAAUUGUACGAUUUGACUUGCCCUUCUUGCACGACGAUCAAAAUUCGGACAAACCUUGUACAUGAAAGUGACGUGCUCCAACGUGCAGAAACAGAUAAAACGUG